AUGCGCUGCUUUUCGUCGCCAUGCCACCGUGGCCAAGAUGAUGGCGUCGUGGCUGAGCGCUCUGGUUUUGGGGCUGCGCAGCUCAUUGAGCUAGCUGCUGUUCUCACUUCCAGUGAGCUGGAAUGCUUGCAGAUGCUGGCGAAGCAUGACAAGCUUCUGGCGGGGCUCAGCCCUUGGUUCACCAAGGACACGCAGCGUCUUUGCCGGUCGGCGAACGCGGACUUUGCGACUCUGGAACUUCACCUCCCGCGAAAGAAUGCGUAUCUGCAGCGAGUACUUGAGGAAGCAUCUCGUGUUGCAGGCCACAGCCUGUUUGCAAACAUCACGGCUCGGCUUUGGCUUUGUCUUCCGCUGCGCUGCACCGGUGACGCGGCACUCCUGCGCUUAGUCACACAUCGGGCACUGGCGCACCACAUGGGCCUGCCUUCGCCCUUCCCACGCGCACUGCAGCCGAGCGAGCUGCGAUGGAAGCUGUUGGACGGCAAGCUGCCUGUAGGCUCCGUGCAGGAGGCGACAGACAUUUCCAACAAAGGUCGCUGCGUCUGCAGCCAGGACAUCGGAGACAGGCAUGAUGAAGUGCCUGGUCUGUUCAAUGUCCGGGAACAAGACAGGCUCAUGAAGGAUCUCCAGAAGCCAGGGCUACGCCGGCAGCAGGCUCUGAGCCAGAUAAGCCUGCCGCCUCCAUCGACGAAGAGGACCCUUCUCCACGUGUGGCAGCAUGCGCCGAAGAGCUGCUAUCAUCUUCAUCUGCCGGAAGGAGGAUGCGUCCCAGCAGCACUUGCUCGUUUUUUGCUUGGGGCGGCUGCUGCAGCUGCAUCACCCCAUCGGGGCCCGUCGUUGCUCCUGGCGCAGCUCGGGAAUGCUGCCGAAGCUGCUGCGGUGAUGCAGAGCUGCCCCUGGGCGUUGCUCGAUGACUUUGCUUGCGAUGGUUGUGUGGCACCUCCACAUGGCUUCCGCCCAGCCGGGCUGCUGGCAAAGGUUCGCGCAGCUCAUGCAGCCUACGCUUCAGGACGGAAGUUCCUGCCAAAACCGCUGUCCUGGGCUGGCGGAGAAUUGACUUGCAACCGAGAUGCCGCAGAUGCAGAGUAUGAGGCGUCUGCGCAAGAUGUGCAAGAAGGUGUUGCCCAGCGCGUGGCAUGUUUGUAUUUGGCGGCGCUGCCGAAUGACUACGCGCCCAUUAGAAGGAUGGCUCGCACCUUUGCUCGGCACUGCGAUUGGGCCUCCUUUUUCGCCACGCCCAGGAGGGACGAGGAAGGACGCAGUUCCUGGCGCAUCAGCGUUGGACGGCGCGAGUUUGAAAUCGUGAACUUGGCACAGGCUUUUCCUGAGGCACAAGCAGAUGAGAGCUGGAUGAAAAUGCAAUGGGUCGAUGAAGGCAUCCCGGUACCUGCUGCUCCCGGCUCUGAUACCUUCCGCAAGCGCUUGUGGUCGGGCAACACAAUCCAGAAAAGCUUACUCAUGGCUGUCUACACAGCUCGGCGCAGUCUAGAUCGCGCUGACCUUUUCUGCUUGCUGGAGCUUGACAGCGCAUUUUCAGCUGAGAAUCUUCGGGCCUUCGCGCGAGCAAACAAGCUGCUCGCCCAGGACCCGCACUACGUGGCGUCACUGCAUUUGGGCAUGAAGCUGCAGGUUGGGAUUUUCCCAAACACUGCUGGCGGGGUGUGCAUGACGAGAGAAGCUUUGCGAAGACUCUCACAGCAUCUGGAGCUGUUGGAGAAAGACGCCCUCGCAUACCCUCAUCCAAAGCGAGUUGGCUUCUGGGUGCCAGCUGUGCGCCACCCAGAGCUCGCACGCCGGGUGAACGGCUGUGGCUUCGUUGCUGGUCAUUGGUGGGACAUUAUGCUCGGGCGAUGCUUCGUCGCAUCCAAUGUCACGGCGCAUCCCGCAGUCGAGGACGAGCUUGGGCGCAAUUACUUUACCUCGGAGACGCUGCCAUGCCAGGAGCACCUGGCCAAACGCAGUUUGCCUCCUUUGCCAGGGCCCAGCCUAGCCCCGGACAGCUUGGAGAACGUAGCACGUGCUCUCUGCGAACACUACGGCUUUGCUCCCGAGAUACACCGUUGGGUGCCGUGCCAUCCUUCGGAGGUUACUCCGGUGGCGGACUAUUGGCUUUCGCCGUUUGCGAUAGGCUAUCAUGGUUACAAGAAUCUUACUGACCUGAUGCAUGCAUACCGCAUACUCUACAUGUCCGCUGGAUGCGAUUGGGCUCUGCCGUUCCGGCCAAAGGUGCUGCAGAACAGGAGAGCUGCAAUGGAGCAAAAUGGACCGAAUGACUUUCCGACACGCUUGAAGCCACUCACGCCGAUUCAAGACGCGCAUGCCACGGCCCGGCCGAGCCCGGGCAGCGCCGUCUACUUUCGAGGGGCCGCAGCCGCUGACCCGUUCGAGCCACGAGCUUCGGCCGAAGACCCUCCCAAGACCACCGUUACAGGCCCGCCGGCUGACAAACUCAGCUUCGAGGCAUCAUGCGGCGGUGAGUCUGAUCGCGUCAUUGCCGUCACACCACCUCCUGGCCGACCACCGGAGGAUCGUGGUCCUCGAGUGCGGCGAACCGUACCUGGAGAGGACUCCAGCAGGCAUACGCCGGUCGAGCCGGUUGAGGACCAAUCAAACGAGGUGCAACCUUUCUCCAACGAGGAGCCACAGGUGCUUUUGUCGGCGGAAGCUUCGCCUCAGCCCUUGAGAUCAUGCCUGAAAGGCUCUUCCUCACCGUCUGGCCCGCGAGCGGAGGAGCCUACACCACCCAACAGCAGGGGAUCCACGAAGAUUGGUGUGGCCUACAUCCUCAACAACAGCAAGGAUCUCGCUAGCCACCACUGGUUUCCCAAUAGUCACCCGACCUCGCAGAUCUCAGCAGAUCUUGUCAGCAUCAUCGCCAUGGACCGUCCGUUUGUGGCUCCUCAAGCCGCGUGA